AUGAAAAUAGACGAGGAAGAUUUAGAAAGGGCUGGAACCCGUUCGAGAAGACAACUAUCAAAUUCAAAACAAUAUUCAGUCUAUCCACCACAAGAUUCUUCGCUACUAGAUGUGAAAAAGUCAUCCCAUGUCUUCAGCCAUCUUUUAAAUCGAAAAUCUCGAUCGUUUAUUCUUAUAUGCAUCGUCGCUAUUGUAUUUCUGGUCCUGCUUUUCUCUAAUACCUUUUACUUUAAAGUGAAAACAGGCUCAAAACCACAAGUUUCUACUUUUGAACAAACUGCAGACUUCCAAGACUCGAGUCAUUUCGCCAAUUAUGCACUUUUAAAUAGAUUAUUACCAGAAAAGAAGGGGUCUACAUCAUCUCGAUUUAAUUUCAACAGUUUAGAUGCUGUUACCCUUGGCCAAGAUUCCUUUGCACGUCAACUCUCUAAAGGCAAAGUUUUAGGGCACACAUUUGACGAGCUUCGUCGACUCACCAACAACAUACCCUUGCCUACCACCUCCGCCUCUAACAAACAAUACCGUCGAGUUCCGGUUACAACUAUCAUACACACAAAGACAGUAGCACAAUUGUAUAUUCAACUGCAAUCUGUCUUAACUCAGACAGCUUUACCAGAGUAUAUUUGGAUUAUUUGUGAUACAAAUCAGAAAAACGAGGUGGAUGCACGAAUCAUGACACUGGACAGGAGACGCGUCAAGGUUAUGGCAAGAGAUAAUGUGGAUACCAUCCCACAUCAAUGGUUACAAGCUACUGCUCAUGUUUCAACCGAAUUUGUCUGGAUAAUUGAUCAAGAUAUUGCACCUGGAAAGAGAUAUUUGGAAAACCUAUUAAAACUAUCCUAUACAAAGCAGUACAGAUCGUCAUUAUUGGGAACCGAAGCUGUUAUAUUGGAUGUGGAAUCUGAAGAUAAAAUCGAAUGUAUGCCUGCCUCAAUUAAUUCAGGUAGCAGACAGAUGAGGAGUAAAGCUGUAGAUAUGGUAAAUGACAGCUGGUUGCUCCGUCGCUCUUGGAUCCCGUUUGUGGUGAAUGAAAUUAAUAUGGGCAAUACUACUGCUGCUUUGGACACAUUUACGGGAUUAUUUAUCAGCCGUGCUCUGUAUAUGAAUGGCGGUAUUCCAUCGAUUGCCCUUCCAACAGAUCCGAUUGAACGAGCUUACUGGGGAGACGUUAGACUUCAAAAAACCAAGAAAUCCGCAACAUGCAAUGACCUAACAACAUUUUUGCAUGAUAAACAAUCCACUGCAUACGACACAUUGUCAUAUAGAAAUAAUGGAUAUAAAAAGACCGCUACUACACCGUUAUUAUUUUAUGUUGAUUCAAUUGAAAAUCUAGAAAAUUUAGCUACACUUUUAUGCAAAUUUGAGGAUAAACAGGAGGUGGAUUUACAUGUUGCUAUAAGUGGCAGUAUUAAGGGUUUAUCUGACCAGCAGGUGAAAAGUUCCCUUUCAAAUUUAUGCGGCAAACCAUCGGUAGAUCUUAUUGUCCACGAUAUCAGCAUGUUGCACACGACACCAGAUUGGAAUUUAAUGAAUGGUCUUUUCCAUCGUUUAGCUUAUAUCAUGGCUGCAAUCCAGCCCAGAAUUUUAAUUCAUACUGUAGAUCAAGAAAGUCCAUUGUUUACAAGUAUUAAAUCAGCAGGUGAAAUUGCGGAUGUAACCAAAAUCUAUUUACCAACACAAGAUAUAUCCCAUGCACUCUGGAUGGCGGAAUUGCCUAUUGAUACACUUUCAAAGUGGAACUCCUUCACUAUUAAAAUUUUGAUUAAUACAGAUAAAAAACCCCAUGCAUUAGCACGAUUAUUGAAUUCAGCAACUAGCGCACAUUAUUUCGGAGAUGAUGUGGAUUUAACAAUACUCAUGGAUCAUUCAACUGACCAAGUGACGCAAACAUUCGCAAAUAAUUUCAACUGGAAAAGGGGAACUAAAAACAUCCGCCAUCGUAUUGCGCAAGCCAGUAAGUCGCACUUGUUUGCCGAAUCUUGGUAUCCUGCAAAUAAUGACGAAUACGCAAUUAUUUUAAACAACGACGUUGAGCUAUCUCGAUAUUACUAUGGCUGGGCCAAAUAUGCGAUCCUUAGAUAUCGAUACAUGGAAUCCGAGAAAACAAAAAAUCUAUUUGGAAUAAGUCUAUAUGCCCCUCCUUUGAUCGAAACUGAUCCCUCAGGUAGACAUUUCUUUAGUCCAAGUCAUGUUUUAACUAAGGCAGGCUACCCUGAAAAAAGUAACGAACCUUAUCUUAUGCAAUGGCCUAGUCAUUCAGGUGCUGUGUUUUUCCCAGAACAUUGGAGAGAAUUUCACGAUUACAUCACAGCCAGAACAGCAGAUAUUUAUGGAUUCCAAAUGCAGGACGUGGCUGUGCCGGAUUUAAGAUCAAAUGAAUGGAUAAAAUCGUGGAGAAGAUAUUUUGAAGAAUUGAUUUAUCUUAGAUCUUAUGUCAUGUUGUACCCUAAUUUUAAAGGAAACAGUAGCUUAUCUACUCAGCAUUUGGAGUUAAGGAAGAAGGCAAUGCGGGAAGAAUUUGCCCAAGCUACUGCUAUAUACAAUGUGCCUCUAAUGGAUGAUAAUGAUGAAAUUAUAGAAUUGAAGUUAUCUGAUUUUGAAGAAUUACCGGUGCUUGAUAUUUGGGGUGAAAUAUCGACUCACAAACAAUUAAAAGAAAGAGGGUCAGAUUUACACGACGAAAUAUCAUCCUGUCCAGCUCCUAUAGAAGACCAUAACCAAUACGAUCCAACUGAUUUACUCUGUCCAUUUUCUAGAAUUGUAACUGUAGAUGUAGAAAACGAGGACGAUCCUGUACCUGAGCUUCCAACUCGCGAAGUCGCUGUUUAUAUUUAA